AUGGCUGCUGGUGAAGGACAGCACAUAGAGGAGGUCAACAUCGAAACUUUGAAACAAUCUGCGGUGAAGCGCAUGUUGAACUACGUGACGCCCACCGCCUGGAAGAUGAUACAGCCGCAUGCUUCCCUCGUGGCAUCUGAGACGAAGUCCGCACUGACAGACGGCGAAAAGUCGGAACUGGACAACGUCGAGGAGAAAGACCGCACCAACAAGAUCAACGAGCUCAAGAAGAACAUGAAAGUGAUCAUGGCAAGCAUCGAUUACUUGGAACAGAAGACCAUGGCGACCAAGAAGUUGAAGCCGACGGGGUCUAAGUUCACGGUUAACUUGCUUUACAAAGACCAAAAAGGCCAAGUCAUCCUGACCGACACCAUGCCCCUGAACCUUGUUAAGGACAUGAUGAGCGCUGAGAUGACACACAUUGUUCUCGUGAUGAUGGCAUCACUUGUGACGUUCCGGUUGCGCCUGGACAUCUUGAGUGCGCAGCUGAAUGCCAAGGCCCUGGUACGUCUGCUGUGCCUCAGCACUGCCUACGUCCACGAAAGUGGAGAGGCUGUCUGCGACGCCUUCGACGAGCUCAAGCACUCGGAGAGGGUGGCUUUAACGAGGUGGCUGACUGCCGAUGGUAUCAAAGAGAGACCAGGAUACGUUCUGCGCGAAGCGCCGGAGCUGUUUCAGAAUGCCCAGGCCAACCCGGCGGUUGGGGUCCUGGAGGCUCUCAAGGCCCUCGUGCGCGUGCAGGAGAUGGUUCAGGCCGCCGACGCCUACUUGCUACCGAACUUCGCAGUUAGCGGACCAGUUAAGGCCUACGUGCAUCUUGGCGAGCUGGCGAUACUGGCGAGAGAGGCCAACAAAGGGCUGUGCAAUCACUUGACAUACAGCGGCCACAGCCGGCAUGCGUUACUGAAUGCCGGAUUUCAGUGUGCUGUCGAACCCGGCACCGGCAGCCGCCGCUUCGACACAGGUGCACAGGUCUUGUUGCCAGCCGUGAGGGCCCAAGGCCCUAGUGCACGAUGGGACUUUACUCCUGUUGUCGAUGAACCGCAGCAACCGUCUGCAGCCCUUCUCCAAGCUCUUGAAGAAUGUUUCUGCCAUGAUGCUAAACGUCUUGAGUCUUGGACUGCCUUGGUUGACUGUGUCAGGAGCCACUUCCAAAGCCAAUGCCUGCAAGUGUCCAGACUCCAAGCCACAGCGAAGCAGUGGUACACACAACUCCUGUGCACUCUUGAACAGGAUGAGGAUUGGGAUGUUCAGUGGACAGCUUGGCACCAGCGGUUGGCACGCCUUCUACUUGAAGUUGACUUCAUUGAAUGGCUUGGGGAUGGAGCUGGAACCCCAGAGCUCCUUGCUUCCACCUUUCGGGAUGCUGAAAUCCUUACCCCAUGGCUUGAGCUUGAGGGAGUCCACAUUCAAACUCUCCCGGCGCCCAGCACUGUAUCCAAGUGUUUUGCAUAUUCCAGCAACCCUCCUGUGUGGUUCCGACCCACUGACUGUGAAGUUGUGCAACUCCUUGACUUUGCUGCAUGGGGCUGCCUCCCAAGUACCGCUGGCCUUGUCUUCCUCUCCGGCCUCGGGCUGGAUGUUUCCUUCUCGCACCCACAUCCGAUAUCUUCAUUCAAGCAUCUUUCCGGCCCCCUUGAUAGACUUCGAGUGCUCUCCGACCUUAUCAGGGGCCUGUUUCACCUCUGGACGAAGGCUGUGCCUGCGUGCAUAGUUCUCCCUCGGAUCUCCUGUCCUACAGUUGAGGUCAUUCGCAAGCUUGCCCCGCACAGGACACAAGUGCAUUGUGCAGAAGUCCUUGCGAAUUUUGAGCCAGAGGCAUGUGUGUUGUUUCACUUUUAA